ACAGAAAUCUGAAGGUAAAGACAGAAAAGUUCUAGAAAUUCUGCAAGUCAAGGAUGCCAAAAUACAAGAAUUUGAACAGAGAGAAUCAGUACUGAAACAGGAAAUAAAUGACCUUGUAAAACGAAAAAUUGCAGUAGAUGAAGAAAAUGCUUUCUUAAGGAAAGAAUUCAGUGAGUUGGAGAAGAAAUUUAAAGAUAAAAGUCAAGAAAUUAAGGACACUAAAGAGUGUGUACAGAACAAAGAAGAGCAAAAUAGACUAAUUAUAAAAAAUCUGGAGGAGGAAAACAAUAAAUUAAGUACCCGCUGCACUGACCUGCUAAAUGACCUGGAGAAACUGAGGAAGCAGGAAGCACAUUGGAGAAAAGAAAAAUAUAGCACUGAUGCAAAAAUAAAGGCCUUUGAAGACAAUUUAAUUGAAGCAAGGAAAGAAGUUGAAGUAUCACAGAGUAAAUAUAAUGCUCUAUCAUUACAGUUGAGUAAUAAACAGACUGAACUUAUCCAGAAGGAUAUGGAUAUUACCCUGGUCAGGAAGGAACUGCAGGAGCUGCAGAAUCUUUACAAACAGAACAGUACACAUACAGCCCAGCAAGCAGAGCUGAUCCAGCAGCUUCAGGUUCUCAAUAUGGACACACAAAAAGUACUGAGAAAUCAGGAAGAUGUUCACACAGCUGAAAGUAUAUCAUACCAAAAACUUUACAAUGAGUUACAUAUUUGUUUUGAAACCACAAAAUCAAAUGAAGCUAUGCUCCGGCAAAGUGUUGUUAAUCUUCAGGAUCAGCUAUUACAGAAAGAGCAAGAAAAUGCUAAGUUAAAAGAAAAACUUCAGGAAUCACAGGGAGCACCUCAUCCUUUAUCUCAAGAAAGUGAUCCAGACUACUCAACACAGGUACCUUAUCACCCAUCCUUAUCAAGCUUAGAAACAUUAAUGGUUUCACAGAAGUCUGAAAUUGAGUAUUUACAGGAGAAACUAAAGAUAGCAAAUGAAAAACUGUCAGAAAACAUAUCUCCCAGCAAGGUUUUCUCAGAAAAGAGCAUCAUGACAAGUGCUGAAGGAAAACAUAAGGAACCACCUGUGAAACGUUCAAGGUCUUUGUCCCCAAAGAGCUCUUUCACAGACUCAGAAGAGCUACGGAAGCUAAGAAAUGCUGAAAGAAAGAUUGAAAACCUAGAGAAGGCACUACAACUAAAGAGCCAAGAAAAUGAUGAGCUAAGAGAUGCCCAUGAAAAACGCAAGGAAAGGCUACAGAUGUUACAGACCAACUACAGAGCAGUAAAAGAGCAAUUAAAACAGUGGGAAGAAGGCGGUGGCAUGACUGAAAUCGGGAAAAUAAGGAGAGCAGAUCCCCAACAACUUCGACAAGAAGAUUGUGAUGCUGUGUGGAAUGAACUGGCAUAUUUCAAAAGGGAAAACCAGGAGCUAAUGAUUCAAAAGAUGAAUCUUGAAGAAGAAUUAGAUGAACUUAAAGUACAUAUAUCUAUUGAUAAGGAAGCAAUACAAGAAUUGAAUAGAUGUGUGGCAGAGAGAAGAGAAGAACAGCUCUUUAGAUCUGGUGAAGUUGAUGAGGUCAAGAGGAGUACUCCAGAGAAGAAUGGAAAAGAAAUGUUGGAGCAGACAUUGCAGAAGGUCAUUGAGUUGGAAAAUCGGCUGAAAUCUUUUGAGAAAAGGUCGAGAAAAUUAAAAGAAGGGAAUAAAAAAUUAAUGAAAGAAAAUGAUUUUCUGAAAUCCCUCUUAAAACAGCAACAAGAAGAUACUGAGACCAGAGAAAAAGAGCUAGAACAGAUAAUAAAGGGGAGUAAAGAUGUAGAAAAAGAAAAUACUGAACUUCAAGUAAAAAUCAGUGAGCUGGAGAGAGAAGUCACUUUCCUGAAGAGACAAGUGGCAGAAGCUAAUGCAUUGAGAAAUGAAAAUGAAGAGCUGAUCAACCCAAUGGAGAAAUCACACCAGUCAGCAGACAAAGCUAAAUCCGAGACGGCUACCACGAAAGUGAGAUCUGGACGAUAUGAUUGUAAGACAACUAUGACCAAGGUUAAAUUUAAAGCUGCCAAGAAAAAUUGCUCUGUGGGUCGUCACCACACUGUUCUCAAUCACUCCAUCAAGGUUAUGAGCAAUGUGUUUGAGAACCUCAGCAAGGACGGCUGGGAGGAUGUGAGUGAAAGCAGCAGUGAUUCUGAAGCACAGACCUCUCAAACUUUGGGAACAAUUAUUGUAGAAACAUCCCAGAAAAUAAGUCCUACAGAAGGUGGAAAAGACCAGAAAGAAAGUGAUCCAACAGAAGACAGCCAAACAAAAGGAAAAGAAAUAGUACAGACAUAUUUAAAUAUAGAUGGCAAGACCCCAACGGACUAUUUUCAUGAUAAGAAUGCCAAAAAACCAACUUUUCAAAAGAAGAAUUAUAAGAUGCAAAAGAGUUCACAUACAGCAGUUCCUACUAGAGUCAACAGAGAAAAAUACAGAAAUAUAACUGCCCAGAAAUCAAGUAGCAAUGUUAUUUUAUUACGAGAACGGAUUAUAUCCUUGCAACAACAAAACAGCGUACUUCAGAAUGCCAAGAAAACAGCAGAAUUGUCUGUUAAAGAAUAUAAAGAAGUUAAUGAAAAGCUCCUCCAUCAACAGCAAGUAUCUGAUCAACGAUUUCAGACAAGCAGGCAGACAAUAAAGAAGCUAAAUUUGGAUUUGGCUGGGCUUCGGAAAGAAAAAGAAGAUUUACUAAAGAAAUUGGAGUCCUCAUCUGAAAUCACAAGUUUGGCAGAAGAAGUUUCCCAAGUAACAUUUCCACGGAUACAAGUUACAUCACUUGGUCCUUCAAGGAGCAUGGAUUUGGAAAUGAAGCAAUUACAGUGUAAAUUAAAGAAUGCAACUAAUGAACUCACUAAACAGUCAUCAAAUGUGAAGUCUUUGAAAUUUGAACUCCUAGCAAAAGAAGAACACAUAAAGGAAAUGCAUGAAAAGAUGUCUCGAAUGGAGAGGGAUAUAACUAUGAAAAGACAUUUGAUAGAGGACUUGAAAUUUCGACAGAAAGUAAAUUUGGAAAGUAAUGAGAGUUUUAGUGAAAUGUUACAAAAUCUUGAUAAAAAGGUAAAGACAUUAACUGAAGAAUGUUCCAACAAGAAGAUAUCAAUUGAUUCACUAAAGCAAAGACUUAAUGUUGCUGUAAAAGAAAAGUCACAGUAUGAACAGAUGUAUCAGAAAUCUAAAGAGGAGUUAGAAAAAAAGGAUCUCAAGCUUACUCUCCUAGUAUCAAGAAUAAGUGAGACUGAAUCUGCAAUGGCAGACAUUGAAACAGCAGCAUCUAAGCAGCUUCAAGGAUUAGCAUUGCAAAGUGAACAGGUUCUAGAAGGUGCACAGAAGACAUUGCUGUUAGCCAAUGAAAAAGUGGAAGAGUUCACCAAAUUCGUGAAG